AGAAAAAGAACGAUUAUUAUUAAUCAGCUUUUAAAUACUGAUGCGAUUAUUUGGAAUUCAAACAAUGAAAACAGAAAGAAUGUGAGAGAAUGGGUUGGGUCCCAGGCUAAUUUACCAAACAUAUUUUUUGCUACGAAUGUGCCUCGAAUUCGACGUUUCCACAAGCGUAGAAGGAAGGAGAACUUCUGGUGGACGCUGCAGCAGCCAGAAAAUGAUGAGUGCUUCAUCGAAGCUUUCCGUAUGAGUAAAAAAUCGUUUCUACUGCUUUGCGAAAAACUGGAGUGCUUUCUUAAAAACGAUUGCGUGCCAUGUAUCACUCCACCCCUUGCUAUAGAGAAGCAAAUAGCUAUUUGUUUAUAUAAAUUGGCUUCCUGUGGAGAAUACCGAGUUAUUGGUGAUGUCUUUGGUGUGCACAAAAGCACUGUUCACAAAUAUUUUCACCUCGUCGUGAACGCGUUAAUUCAGCUAAAAACAGAGUUUAUCAAGUUUCCACAGGUGGGAGAUGCGUUAUUAAUUGCAAGUGAAUUUGAGAAAAAAUCGCAUAUACCAAACAUUAUUGGCGCUAUCGAUGGAACCCACAUACCGAUCUUGCCUCCAAGUCAAGGAUACCAAGAUUAUAUUAAUAGAAAGGGGUGGCCUUCCAUCGUAAUGCAAGGAGUGGUGGAUAGCAACUACAUACGUCAGCGCUAAGUUACCUGGAAGCACUCAUGACGCGACGGUUUUUAAGGAGUCGGGAUUGUUUAAAAACUCAUCGACAUUAAUUCCGAGGCAUCCAAAAUUAAUAUAUGGUGUUGAAACGCCACUAUUUCUUAUUGGAGAUCCUGCGUAUCUACUUCUUCCCUGGUUAAUAAAACCAUACACUGGAAGUUUGAAU